UCCGCACGCAUGCCCAGUGCCUGAACUCGGCGCACUGACACCACCACAUCGUUGGAGAUCCGCCGGGCGACGCAUGGAUCCCCAGUGAGAGAAGCGCAGCGGUGUACACAGAUCUGCAAUGGCGCUGUGCCCUGAAGCCUGUGCUUCUACCUCAGGAGGAGAAACCUCUGGAAGUGAGGGGGGCUCUAGCUGUCUCCAGUUCGGGGUUCGCUCCUACCUGCACCACUUCUAUGAAGAGUGCUCGUCCUCCAUGUGGGAGAGAGACCCGGAGGAUCAGGGGUUCGUCCAGAGCCGGAGGUCAGCUCUGUGGUGGAACUCAGCAGUCUGGAAGGUGUCCUUGGCCCUGGGUUUCUUAAUCCUGACUGGAGGUGUCGUGUCUCUCUCUGUCGGGCACUCCACUCCCCACAAAAUCGAGUCAUUCGGAGAGGGAGACCUGUUCUUCGUGGACCCCCAGGCCAUCAGCUUUAACAGGGGGCUGCACCUCAGCACCGCAGCUGGGAUCUGGCUGUCCUGCCUGGGCUCGGCUCUGGCUGUGAUCGGGGUUGUCUUCUGGAUCCUCCGCAGGGCCAACAUGAAAGAGCGGCCCUUCCAUGGUUCAGGGGACGGGGAACAGAGAGGAGAAGCCGGGUUGAAGUGGAGGGGAUUUAGGGAUGCGGUUACUAAGCCACCAGGUACACAGGGAAGGAAGGUUCCUUUUAUUCUGCUGAAAGCAAAAAACGUGCAACCCCCUUCUUAAGAGAAACAAAAGCAGCUACAGGUUGUAGAGGUUUUAACUCUUGUCCUGUGGAUUUACAUGGUCUCCACAAUGUCUCUACAGUAUCUGUUUUUGCUCUGUGACCUGAAUAUUACAGAUAUAAGGCAUUAAUAAGGAAAGUUAAACACAGAACUCACAAUUACUUUAAGUGUACAACUUGGACUUAAGAGAUCAUAGAUUAUUUUCAGUAAAUCCAAUCUAAACUGAAACCCCAAGAGACCUGGUAAUGGCUCACAGAUAUACGGUAGCUAUUGGACAUAAACUAGUAUAGUGCACAAGUGCUAUGUUUGAAAUAUAUAUUCAGAAAUGCCUUAAAAAGAGGAUACACCUAAUAUUUGUCUUCGUACUUGAAAAGAUUUAUGGUAUCUUUGUUAUUUCUGGUUUUAUGAUCAGUGGGGUUUUUUCUAAAUAUCAGUGCUUUUAGAUUUCCAAACAAACAGUAACGAAUAGGUGGUGAUAUUCCAUUCCUUACAGUCAGGCACACAAGGCGCCAAACAGAGAAGGUUACAGAUAAAACCAAUCACUCCAGUCUCUAUCUACGUUUUCACAUAUGGACACUGAAGCUCAGCCAGCCGCAUCGAACACACGCACAGCUAAACACGCUGUCACUCACUAAGUCACCCUCACACAAAUGUGCGCUCCACUGACAGCAUCACCCACUUUCUCCCCACCUUAAUCUGGAUCUCUAAUUGCCUGCAAUCUGUGUAUCCAGGCAACAGUUAGCUUUCAAGUGUUCUAUUUUGAACUCAGAACAAAGACUCUUUUCUGAUUGGUUCUCCACUUCCCCUUUCUUUAUUAUCAUUCCUAUCAGACUUUUUGUUUACCUCCAUACUCAGUUAUUACAAGUAAAUGCUGAAGCGCUGAGGUUAGAGGAAAUUGCACUGGCACCUUAUAGGCCAACUGUCCAAUCGGGUCCUCUUAUUCUCAACAACAGACAUUAAAAGACCGAGUUCAGGGGAUGAGAAGGAGGUGUAGAUGAAGUAAUAGAACGGCCAGAAAAAAAAGGAACAAAAUCCACAGAAUGUUAUUGUUGAUGUUUCACUGUUUUGCUGUGUCUUGUUCAAGAUAAUGGCGUAAAAUGGGGUUAGUUUCACCCCUGCAAAGCAAAUUACCAAAUAAAUGU